UGUUUUCGUCAAAGACACACCAUUAACUGACACCCUGGGGGAGAAAGAAGCUGUAUAUUCUUGAAAGUUUCUGUUUACAAUGUAAGCUGAAAUUGAAAGCAGUGGAAACCAUUUUCCGUGUUCUUCCUCAAUCAGGAACAUCUUACUGUUUCGUCAUAGUCAAAGGGAACAGUAACAAAACUGGAUUAUAAAGUCCACAUUGGACUGGGUCUUGGUGUUGCUUUAUUACUUAUUCAGUUGAUUGUGGUUCUUCAGCAUCUUAAGAUGGAUGAGAUGUCGCAACAAGCGGCUGACGAUUCUCAGCAAACACAAGAAGUAGUAGACUCUCAGAUGUCUGUAGAUCAAGAUGGACAAGAGUCCCAGUCUCAGAUGGAUACUUCUACAGAUGAUGUUGAGCCAUCGCCUCAAUGUUCAUCUCCGAUUCCUAAACAACCUAAGAUGCAUCAUGAAGAAAAUCCAGUGUUAACUACAGACUCGCAUGUACCAAAAGAGACUGAACAAGACAAUGGUCUGGUCCAGAAUGGGAAUGAAGUAGGGAGUGAAGAGAGUGUGAAAGAGAAGGAGGUACAGCUGGUACCAGAAAAGGAGGAAGCACAAGGGAAGGUGGAGGAGGCGGAAGGACUGGACAAGAAAGAUGAAGGACUUGAGAAGUUGAAAGAAGACGAGGGAUUGGAGAAGGUGAAGGAAGACCAAGGACUUGAGCAGAAAGAUCUCAGCGAUUCAGACAUGGAUGAGGAUGAGGAGGAUGGAACGCAGUUUCCUAAAACCCUGGCAGAGUUCAAUUAUGCAUUUAACAAAGAGGGUAGACUUAGACACAUUGUAAAUGAAGAACAAGGUUUUAAGUUUGACGUCAGGAGAAACGACCAUCGCUACAACCAGAUGCAUUAUGAGGCACUUGGUGAAGUCAUUACUGAACACAUCUAUGAGCUUCUAGAAACAGAGGCUGGACUGAAGAAAGUUUAUCUUGAUGACAAUGAGAAUGAAGGGAGUGGCUUUGUCUUCAUGAGUGAGAAUGCUCUAACGACGACCGAUAAACUCUUGAUAUUAAUUCAUGGUAGUGGAGUUGUUCGAGCCGGCCAGUGGGCACGACGCCUCAUCAUUAAUGACUGCUUGGAUAGUGGUACACAAAUACCUUACAUUCAGAGAGCUAUGAAGGAAGGUUAUGAGGUUCUGGUGAUGAAUACGAAUGACAAUUUCUAUAUUGACAGUGAUGGUCGGAGAAUAUGGAAAGAGGGAAGCUCCAGCCCAAAUGAGCAUGGACUUACUGUCUGGGAUAAGUUUGUGGCCAACACUCCAGUUAAACACGUUGCCAUAGUAGCACACAGCUAUGGAGGGGUGGUAACAAUGGAUUUAGCAACAAAAAAACUGGAAAGCUUUGGGAAGGUUUUUGCCAUCGCCUUCACUGAUUCCGUUCACUUCAUGAGCCGGGAUCGGAGGUUGGACACUAUCUACUCAUGGUUUGUUGAGAAUGCAGUGAAUUGGGUGUCAUCCAAUAAACCACUAGACACUGUUAUUGAUGAUAUGGGUUAUGAUUGCAAGAGAGUUUCAGCAGGUACAAUGAAGCAUGAAGAAACGUCUCACUACAGCAUCGACUCCAUCUUCCAGUUCCUUGCAACUAAAGAAGGCGAGGUUAAAAACAUCAAACCCUUAAACCCUCGUCCAGAAGUUGCUGAACCAGAAGUUAAAGAAACGUCUGAUGAAGUAAGGAAGGAUGUAGAGACAGAAAAGACCGAGUUGAAGGAAGAGUUCAGCCAGGGACAGGAAACAGAGAAUGGACCAGCUGACACACAAGUCUAAGAACAUUUGUAAAACCAUUUUUCUAAGUUUUUAAAAUAUGUUCCUGUGUUGCUUGAAAUUUUCCGAUUUACUUUGAAGGGAAAACUGAAAUAAAGAUAAUUAUGAUAAUACUUAAAAUGUUUGUCAAUAUGUGUCAUAACACAAACAGGUAAGCACCUUUUCAUCUAAGUUUUCUUGUUUUUGGUUUCUCAGAUGUGCAAAAAUACGGUACACAGUCUUGCUGUGUCUGAUAAUUUUAUCUUUUUGUUUUUACUGCAGUUGUGUAGCUUUCAUAGUAGGAAAAUACAAGAAAAUCAUUCUGAUAAUAGUGGAUCCUUGGUGAUCCAUUGCUAUAAUGAAAACUUUGUUGCUUUUUAUAAUCUUUUGUUGCUGCUAUUUAUGAUAUUUGCAGACUGUCACAACUGCAUUUCUGAUAUCUAGUUUUGUUAGCAUAAUGUGAGUGGAACCAAUGCUAUGCCUAAGAGCAUAACAUGGUUGUGUAGCUUAGGAGGAUUUUAGGCUUAAAGUCGGUGGAGGUUUCAUUAUUUGUUUGAUAUUUCUUUCAAUUCAGCCUUUGGGUUAUUCAUCACUCUGUUGGAUCAUUGAGGUAGGGAUUGAUUGGAUUGGGGUCUGCUCAAAACUAGGGCAGAGUCGCCUUAAAGGCAGUGGACACUAUUGGUAAUUACUCAAAAUAAUUAUUAGCAUAAAACCUUACUUGGGGACG